UAAUAUGGCUUCUUAUGUUGCUAAUUCGGUCCUUAAUGAUUCAUUAAGAUAAAUGAAAUCUAAUCAAAAAGACUCAAAAUAAAAUGUUGAUUGGGAUGAUUUCAAUUAUCCACCUUUGAUAAAAGUUAUUCAUUACAAUAUUGAUGAAGUUUAGCCAGAAUAUAGAUUGGUGGUAAGAUCAUUAUGGUUGUCAAGUAUUCUCAUAGUGACCUAUACUCUCUUAAACAUAAUUGAUAAUUGCAUUCAAGCUGGAUAUGGACUUGAUGGAAUACGCAUUUUAUAUAGUUUUAUGUUUUUGUUUUCCUUCAACCCAAUAUAAUUGUAAAGUAUUCUAUAUAGUUAGAGUUUUAUUUUUUAUCGAGGUUAUAAAGGUGUGGUUUCAGAUCCCUAUCUAUUAGUUUUGUAUAAAUGGGUCUAAAUAUUAUUGAUGAUGUGUUGGAUAACUUUUUCAAUUGUAGGUAUAUUAGGUUUUAAUGGAUUUAUUUUAUUGCCAUUCUUUUUUGAUUUGUAAAUUAUUUUCAAUAGUUUAUAGUCUCCCAUUUUGUGGGGUUUUAGCUUUAUUUGAAGAUAUCAUUUUAUUAUUUAUUGUUUUUUUAAGUGGAUUUGCUUUAUUCCGUAUCUGGAAUAUAAAAGAAUGA